AUGGAAAAGUCUUUAAUAGAAUUUUUCAAUAAAUUUGACUGUACAAACACGAAAUUAUAUGAAUGUGGCACUGUUGUUUGGCUUGAACUGAACUCAGAUGACGAAGAAGGAGAAAAAUUCAUCGAUUGUAUCACAGAUAAAGUCGACCGAGCAAAAAUAUUUGAUGAUGCAGACAGUUGUAUCAAUUUCAUAUUAUCAUCACAAGAUAGCCAAGUAUUUUUUAUAAUAUCAGGAACAAUUGCCAAAACUCUUGUACCUCUCAUUCACGAUAUCGAAUCAAUUGGUUGGAUAUUCAUUUACUGCAAAAACUGUCCCAUAUACAGAAUUUAUACGAAUGAAGAUCAUAAGAAAAUAGUUGGCAUUUUUGAUGAUCAAAACUUUCUUCUAUCAAUUUUAUUUCAACAUCUUGAAAAAUAUCAAAGUUCCUGUCAUGAACAAUCGAAGAAUAUCCUAAAAACCGUGCCACGUCCAAUAAUGAACAUGUUGGUUCAAGAUUGGUUUUAUAGAAAUAGUCUAAUUCCCGCGACAAGAACACAAUAUGUAUUAUUCUUAUAUGAUUUGAAAGAAAAGUCUGCAUCUAACUUUGAUAAAACAGCACGUAAAAUGCUACUCUUACAAAAUAUUCAUUUGGAAGUUGAACAUGAUUUAAAAAGUGCGUUUAAAAAAAUGGGUUCAUUUCCAUUUUCUUAUUGGCGUGUAAUUUUGAAUGAUACUUUUGCAAAAGGCUUUGUUGCACAACAGAAAGAACAUAUGAUUCGUCAUCAUGUUUGCAUCAGCUCUAUUGUGUAUGAUCAAACAAAUUGUUCGGAUUUAUCUUGGGCUCAAAAUAAUCCUGAACUUGUAUGGGGCGGCGUCACAUCGAAUGAAGAAGUUAUUUUCUUAUUCUGUAGUGGUGAUCCUCUUAUGCGCAUUCAGAACAUAUAUAUUGAUAAUCUUCAUGCGUUCAAUAAACAGAAAGCCAUAGAUUUCGUCAAUGAUAGUUUAAAAACCAAGCUCCCAUUCUCAUUUACAACAAGUUCUCCUGGUUCAUUACCAGUAAAAUUAAACGGAAGUAAAGAACAAUCGCGAACAGAUCGUUUUACUGAUCGCAUUACUCCUCAAUUUGCCGUUGAUUUUCGUGCGAUUAGUUCUGUACAUGUAAUGAGUAAUUUACUUACCGUUGAUAAUAAAUGGAGAGACGAUGUGUCAACACGUCGUGUACACGGAAUUAUUUAUCAUGCAGUACUCAACGAUCGACCAAUGGAUCAUGUUCGAAAUAGAUUACUAAAGUGGUUAUUACCUCCCGGAGAUAUGAUACCACAAGAGGUGACUGCUGUUUAUUGUAUUCGUGCUUUUACGGAAGAAACAUUUUUGUACAAAGAUGUCAAUAUUGCAUUAGCUAAAAAUGAUCAAAAAGCUUUGCGUUGUCUUCGUGAUUAUAUUCUUGCAUGUAUCAACGUCUAUACAUAUAAAUUAAUUCCAUGUUAUGCAGGAAUAUUAUAUCGAGGUGUUCAGAUGACAGAUGAUGAUCUUAAACAAUAUAAAGUCGGCUCAGGAGUUCAAUUUGUCGGAUUUCUCUCUACGAGUAAAUCGCUUGAAUUCGUUAAAUUUCUUGGUACGAACGUUAUUUUUAUUAUUCAUACACUUUCAUCACAACAUCAACAAAGUUUAAUUCUAUAUACGAAUGCAGAUUUGCAUCAAUCGAAAGUAUCGGUUAUGGCAGACGAAGAAAAGGAAGUUUUAUUCGCGCCACUGUCGACGUUUGAUAUUAAAUCGAUUGAAUAUUCUAAAAAUGAAAACAUCAAUUUUAUUACGUUGCAACAGAAUGAUUUGUCAGCAGCACUUCACAUGUUCUUACAAUGUAAGCAAAUAGAUGCUGACAAAGGACGUACUGGUGAUAUGCUUAUGAUCACGACACCCUUAGAACUUAAAUAA